AUGGCUCUCAGCCAAUACAAUAACAGUCAGCAAUGGGAUAAGCUCGCGAACCUGGACAGAGAAAAGCACUACUACAACCUCCUACACGACGACCAAGAACCGGGGAACGGAGAACACGACGUCCCGUCAAGAAACCUUCCAGCGGGAGACCAUCCAGCGGGAGACCACAAUCCGGUGGAGGAUGAAGGAAACACCGUUGAUAACACAUCACUGCAGACGACCAGUGAGGAGCGGCUGGCCCCGAGGGCGGCUGAGACUCGAACCCAGUCCUUGGCGGUUGGGUACGGUCUGGACGAUGUCGACAUUGCGGCCGGCAUGCCGAGACUUCGUCUACACGGGCUGCAGACCCCCGCCCACCCGGAGGGGCGGAGCUUGGCGGUCAACAACGGCCUCGGGAACACUCAGCAAGGGCACCCUCAACAGACAGGCACUCAACAGGGGGGCACAGGGACCCCGCAACCAGAACGGACGCCGGAGUACUCUUCGCAUGCGAUUCGGAAUCCGGCGCCGGGGCACGUAGAGUUAGGUCACUCGACACCCGGUCUUUCGCGACGACCGGCGGACUACGCGUUCGGUGUAACUCAGGAGGACGAAAUGGGGUUCGACCAAGUGAUCAACGACCCAAUGGGAGGCAACCAAAUAGAAGGCGACCAAAUGGGGGCGGAGUGGCAGCGGGCCCGAGGCUUCCUUUCGAGGACGGGGUUGGACGACCGGCUCUACCCCGACCGCUGUUUCCGGCGGCGGCGCCUGGAACCCCAGCCGCGCGAGCGUGUCGUGUUCGAUCGCACGCAUACUUUGCUGGACACCCCGAGGCGUCGCGGGCGCCCCACGAGUGCGCCGGAACAUAGCGACCGGGACCUACCGCCACGUUUGGAACUGGCGCGUCUAGGAUCGCCGGGUCGCGAACUGCCAAUGCGGGAAGAGGGACCCGAAGCGCCCCGCAACCGGCUGUUACAACCGAACCAGAAACGCCGACGCGUGCCCACUUCCGAACCCGCUUGGAUCAGCCCCACAGACGGCGUUGCUGACUGGGGCACCCGCCACAUGCUGUGUUUGGUACAACAUCCGAAGACCUGGGAGCAGCCAGAGAGUGGGGCAGCUAUUAACUCAGAAGGUGGUAACUCUGAAGGUGGUAACUCUGACGGUGGUAAGUCUGAAGGUGGUAAGUCUGAAGGUGGUAACUCUGAAGGUGGUAACUCAGAAGGUCAUGUUCCAAUAAAGUCCGCCUCUGGUCGCGGAAUGUUGGACACACCCAUUUGGGAUAGGCCUCAGGGUCGCCGGCAGUCGUGGGAGGACUCUUCUUCCGAGGAGGCGGAUCGGAGCUGGGAGUCGGAGACGGUUCUGGUUCACCCGCGUUUGGUGGGAGGAAUGGUCCAGCACAAGGACGAGCGGUGGCCGUUGGGGAUUGUGUAUGAUCAGUGGGCGAGGAUAACAAAUGCGCGGCCGGAGAACCCGAAGGAGUAUAGCCGGUUCUGCCUCCUUGGAUUCGGUACUGAACCGGAUUAUGGCUUGAAAUCUUCUAGAAGGAACUUCGACUCAUGGAUACAGGGGAGGAAAGAACGUGGCUACUGCGACUGGGAUUGGCUGAUGAGGUCGACCUGCGCGUCCGCCCUGAACAGGCGUCAGGAAGGUAUCUUGGAAGGAUACCCUCUAUGCGGCGGUGUCGUGGAAGGAUUGGGCGAACAAGGUACCCUCCUCAAGGAUGAACAACGCACUGCCCGGGAUGAAGUCACGCGGAGUCGUCUCCACAACGAAUCUUAUAAGGUGGGUCCAAGAGAAGUUGGUGAGCAGGCUUUUGCAAGCCGGAAUCCGCGCCUGCUUCCUUGGCGGGUGCAGCGUGACGCAUUGCCACCCGUACCAAGAUGCACGCGAGAGUUGCAGGCUGAGAUGGAGCCAUUCGCAACUGAUCUAGAUACGCCGAUUCCGCAGCCACCGAUUCCGGAGCAAGAAGAUCCACGCGGACGUUGGUCUUGGUAUGACACGAUGCUGUUCAUCCGAAAUUUGAAUAUAGUAAAGGUACCCAACGGCCAAUGGAAGUUGAUAUCUUGGCUUAUGUUCGAUCGGAAGACGAAUCGUCAGUGCAGAGAUAAAUUUGUGAAUUUGAUAAAGCGAAGUCUGCUGGCGAAAAAUGAAAGCGGCCAGUUCGUACUGCUUAAGGAUCCCGACCCAUCAGUAGCCAUCAAAAGUUACAGUCCAAGUGGGGGCAACACUUUGUAUAACCGAACACGUCGUAGACAGUCCUCCCGUCCAUCGUCAGAGUCCCCUCAAAACACAAACCAAGAAAUUGACUGA